UAUAUAAAUUUUAUUUGUCAACAAAAGCUAUCAAUCAUUUUGAAUAAUCACCAUAAUCUUUUGAAUAAUAUGACUCGCCCUCCAAACCAUGAUGGACAUCUGUAAAACGCUUCUCAACGACCUUUCAAUGCUGACAUCGUCACCACCCCCCAGAGAUGGCGCCUUAAAAUCUAUCGCUACAAGCAAACGAAAUUCGAAUAUAUUAUCAACGAUAGACAGUAUCCCAAUUUCUAAAAAGGAUACAGAGGAGGUUAUUAUGGUGCAAGAUCACGUGUUCAGUAUAAAUAUUCAGUACACUAAUUCGGAGUACAUUGAGCUGCAGGUAACGCCUAAUGAGAUGGUUCAAGAAAUUCAUCAAGUUUUGAUGGAUAGAGAGGAGACCUUUCAUCGCACAUGUUUCUCAUUGCAAUUCCAAGGAACUACUCUAGACCAGUUUUCGGAGCUGAAAACCUUUCAAAACUUAAUAGACAAUUCUUUGCUUAAAAUUGUCGAAGAAUCCUACACCCUCAGAGAGGUAAGAAUCCAUGUGAGGCACAUAAAGGAUAUUCUGAAUUCCCUGGACUUAAGCGAUGCUUUCAAUGGCAUAGAAGGCGCCUCAUUGUCAUACGUCAAUACAUUCAUCGGACAGGAUAAUUUGAUAGAAGCCAUCGAAAAGCAAAAUAUAUCGAAGUUAUUACAAACAGCCAAUAUUGCAGACGCCUCGAAUGCCGAAUUACCGCCCGAACACAUACAACCCAAAUACUCGAAGGACAUAUCCCUUAUACCUUUACAUCCUGUUUCUUCUAAGGAAAAGGCUAUACUUUGCUUGAAGUCUUUAGCCUUCAACCACUGGAACCCUCCGCCUGGCCCUCGCAAAAUGAAGGGAGACUUAGCCUACAUAACUGUGAUCACGUUAGAGGAUAAAGAAUUUCACAUAACGGCGUGCGUUAGAGGAUUUUACGUUAAUCAAUCGGUAAAUGGAACGUUCAAUCCAUCGCCUCAUUCAGAUUCUCAAAAUUUCCAUUCUCUUUUUGAUUUAUUGAAUAAGAUUAGUCCCCUUUUUAAGCGAAAUUUAUCCGUUUUAAUCAAAAAACGCAACGCUCAAAAUUCGUUAGAAAAAGUUCCGGUUCCAUUUCAAAAAUAUUCCUGGAUCUUGCCGUUUCUAGAGCACAGGGAAGACGCCAUUAGAGCCGAAGAUAUAUUCGAAUCUAGACUUGGUUUCGAAGAUCACGUACCAGGCCAGACCCGGGAUUGGAACGAAGAACUUCAAGGAACGCGUGAGUUGCCGCGAAAAGACCUUGCAGAACGUGUUGCCAGAGACCGAGCAGUAUUCAAAGUCGGGGCCGAUUUGGCUACAGCCGCUGCUAAAGGAGCCCUGUCUAUCUCACGCGGAAAUGCGCUGCCCAUCAAUCCCGGCGAGAGUUCGAAGAUGCAUAUGUACAUAUGGAAUAACAUAUUCUUCAGUCUGGGGUUCGACAUAAGAGAUCAUUACAAAGAAUUGGGAGGCGAUUUUGCAGCCUACGUGGCACCCGCCAACGAUCUGAGAGGUGUCGAAAUAUACUCUGAUUUGGAUGUAGAAAAAUUUCAUACAUUAGGAACGGUGAUUGUAGAUUAUAAAGGAUAUCGAAUAACAGGGCAAACUAUAAUACCAGGAAUAUUGGAACGAGAGCAGGAGGAAUUAGUUGUUUACGGGAGCAUCGAUUCUAGCCCUUCGCCCGUCACCAACAAUUCUAAUUUACCUAAUGGUAAAAAUGAGGAUGAAACCGUGUCCCAUCAGAAAAGCGUUGAUAAAGUUAUUAUUAGAACCAACGUUGAAUACGAUAAAAUACUCAAAGAAAUAGCCUCCAAACUUAGGGUUAGCACUCAUAGAGUGUAUAGUGAUAGCCCAUCCAAAAUGGCCGUUAUUCCAAAGACCGAGAUUAAUGGAGAAUUAUCUACCAUCGAUCAUAUUGAUAAAGUUGACUGCGAAAUAAUUGAAUUGCAUACGUCUUACGAAUGCAAGGGGAUCAUAGGCAAUGAUCGUAGGCGUUAUAUAUUAGAUUUAUUCCGCACUCUUCCUUCCGAUCUCAAUUUCUUACCAGUUGACGGAUUCAAAUUAAGCGCCGAAUCGAGAAAAUUGGGACUACCGCAGAAAUACAAACAUCAAUUAUGCGUCUUAAGGCCCGAACUGGUUGAAGCCUUCGUUGAAUAUGUAAUAGGUUUAGCCUCGCCUCCCCAACUCUCAGAGAACCAUGAGAAACAAAAGGAUAAACACAAUAUACCAAAUGACAACAUAGGAGAAAAAAAUGAGCUAGACUCGGAUCAUAUAAUCACGGAAGAUAUGAUGAAUAUGAGUAGCCUUAUAUUGACCGAUGAAAAUGUUAUCACUAACGGUUCCAAGAAAGUCGCCUACAAAAAUUUUGCAAAUUUAAACGAUUGCGAUGGCUCCAGUAAUUCCGGCAUCUCAUCUCAUUCGGAAGACAAGGACUCUGCAAUCGAUUCUAUGGAUAUUAAUGGUUUAGAAGAUAGAGAAGAUAGCGAUGAGGAUAUUUCACCCACAAACAUAUUAAAGAAUGAUAUCAAUGAUAUCAAUUCAGAAAAAUUAUUUUAUAACGGCGUGGAUAAAAGUAAAGACUCUCAAGAUUCCUCUUCCGAAAUUAAAUUAAAAUUACGUACUAAAUUCCCCUUAUCCCUCGAGGACCUUAAAUUCAAUCCUGACGCAUUCUUAAAGAGCGUACGUCACGUACCUGAAGAUGCCGAAAAAUUGAAAGCAGAAAGAAAGCUUCUAUUAGAUAUUGCGGAUUUUGUGAUAUGUUAUCAAAUACCGGAUAUGUUGAAUGAUUUUAAAGAGCAUACCGCGGUUCCGAUUGACGGCUUUUCCCUUGUUGAAAUGUUGCACUUGAAGGGUAUAAAUGUCCGAUAUCUAGGAAUUAUCGCUAAAAAAUUGGAGUGCCAUUCCAAUCUCACGUAUUUAAAAAAUAUAGCUCUCCAUGAAAUGAUAUCCAGGAGCGCUAAACAUGUUUUUAAAAAUUUAAUUCAAAACGUCGAACCCUCUUACCUUUCAAUCAUGAUUGCACAUUUCCUGAAUUGCUAUUUAGGUUCUUACGCUGAUCCAAUUACCAAUUUGGCAUCUAUUAUUGAGCCUCAUAAAAAUGGGAAAAAGAAGUAUAAAAAGAAGAAAACGUUUAACUCUAUUACGAAUAAUGGUAACACGGAUUGGAUCAAUUUGACUCCCGGAUAUUUAUGGAAAAGUAUUUGUAAAGAUGUCGAGUUGUCCUAUAUAUAUAGCAUUAAAGAGGGCGAAAACUUCGACCAAUUCUCGAAACUCAAGCAACUUAAAAAAUUGGUGUUCUUACGACAAUUUUGCCUUAAGUGCGGCGUUCAAAUCGUUUUGAGGGAAUACGCGUUGGACAGCCCCAUUCGUAUGACCUUUCACGAGGACGAUAUUAUCAACAUGUUCCCCAUCGUGAAACACGUGACACAUAAAGCUAACGACGCUCACACAUUUUUCCUAGCAGGUCAAACCAAAAUUCAGCAAGGCUAUUUAAAAGACGGUUUCGAAUUGAUAUCAGAAUCCCUUAAUCUUAUGAACAGCGUGUACGGGCCUCUUCACACCGAAAUAACUUCCUGCUUGAGACUCCUGGCUAGGUUGUGUUAUAUACUGGGAGAUCGAUUUCAAGCAUUAGCCUUUCAACACAAAGCGACCAUAAUGAGCGAACGGAUAUUUGGAAUUGAUCACUCGAACACCAUCAUCGACUACAUUAAUUUAGCGUUAUAUUAUGUGGCGAAUUUUAGAACGGGUUGCGCGCUUAAAUUGUUGUACAGAGCAAGGUAUCUACUCUUAUUGAUAACGGACAAUGACCAUCCCGAAUUAAUAGCUUUAGAUAGUAAUUUAGGAUUGGUGCUAUAUGCCAAUGGACUCUACGAAUUAUCAAUGUCCUAUCUAGAAAAUGCGUUGAGACUUAGCAUAGACUAUUAUGGUGAAACUAACCUUAAAACGGCGGUCAUUCAUCAUUUGAUAGCCGGUGUCCAUUCAUGCAAAGGUGAUUUCAGGACCGCAAUCAUUAAAGAAAAACAGGCCUUCAAUAUAUAUAAAAAUUCUUUAGGAGAAAAUCACGAUAAAACCUCCGAGAGUGCGGCAUGUUUAAGGCAUUUGACUCAACAAGCCGUAGCCAUGCAAAAAUGUCUCAACGCUUCCGCUAAUAAAUCAACCCACGGAAAUGCUAAUAACACAAAUAAUACUUACUUUAGCAAUAAUUUCCUCCCGUCCCUUCACAUACAAAAACCCUCUUUAACAGCCAUAUUGGAUCUCAUGAAUAUCAUCAAUGGAAUUCUUUUUGUACAGAUAAGACCUAGUGAUCUGAAUAAUUUUACCGAGGCGGAAAAACAAUUGAUUCUGACCACAGCUCAUAACCUAUCAAUAGCGAGUUCUCAAAAUGAAAAUGUAACUGAUCAAACCUUAAAUACCAUCAAAAAUAAUGUUAUAGCGGAACUGAUAUAUAACGAAAAAUGAGCAAUAUUUUGCUUUUGCGCACAAAAAAAUACAAUCAAAAAGUCACAAUCAAAAAUAAUAUGUUUUAAAUUAUAAAAAUAUA